UCAGCGAGUAUUUGUCGGACAGCAGUAAUUAUCGGACGUUCUAUUUAUUUCGCGUAUUUUAACCCUUUAGCACAAUUUUCUACGUCACAUCCUUACGCGCGAUUGUUUUCUCAAUGUUGACACCAGAAAUUCGUUGAAAAGCAAGUAUUGUAGUUAAAUAACUGUAAUGUUUACAAAUUUUGUCGCAAUGAAAUGUGACCUCCGCGCGGGGGAUAUAAAUAGUGCGCGCAUGCGCAAAAUAAUUCACUCAAUAAGGCCCGACCUGUGUUCUUGACAUUUUCGGUCGUCUGCUACAAUACACCAAACCUCCAUUGUUUUUUCUUAAAACCUCAUAUUUAACACGAAACUGAUGUAGUCAACAGCAACAAACUAUUUCAAUUAUUGAUUUGUUUACAUUAAAAACUCGACACACUUUUUUAUAAACAGAUAUCGGAUUUGCUUGCAAAAUGUUUAUAGUUAACGCUUUGAUUAAAGGGAAACAAAUCUUUUUGACGACUAUAUACAUUCACUGCUGGGAUUUUCGCCCUUGAUGAGUUUGUAAUAGCUGUGUUUCGUAAUAUUGAAUAGUCUAAUCUAUGUUAAUGUUUGCAUAGUUAUUUUACGAAUAAACCCCACAUUUGAUACACAAAUAUUAGUUUAGGAAUGCUAGCAUUAAUUAAACGACUUAAAAAUGAUAAUGGUAUAUUUUAGUGUCUGUUUUACAAUUAGACUGUAAUGCAAACAUGGAUUGGAUUGCAGAAAACAAAUGCAAUCAAGGGAAAAGACACAGAUGCAGCGUGCCGUCUCUGCUGUUAGGCAGCACAAAAUGAAAAUUAGGGUCGCUGCACGGGAUUUCAAUGUUCCACGUAGUACAUUAUCAGAUCAUGUACAUGGGCGUGUUGGCGAGACACGCACAGGUCCAGUGAGCCUAUUAAACGAUGAGGAAGAGGGGGCACUUGUGAGUUAUCUAUUAUACAUGGCGGAUCAUGGUUUCCCUAUGACACGAAACAGAACCCGUGUUUAUAUUCGGGAAAUCAUUAAGCAAGGAGGUAGGACAUAUCCGUAUAAGGUGUCAGAGAAUGGGCCGUCAGACGAAUGGUUCCGAAAAUUGUUUGCGCGCCACCCGGAACUUCAGGAACGGACGCCCGAGAGUUUGGAUCCGGCACGUUUCUCAAUGUCGAGGGAGGAUGUCAUAUACCCAUUCUUUGACUUUCUGGACAAAACCCUCACACAGUAUGGUGUAAAAGAUAAACCGUCACAAAUAUUCAACUGUGACGAGACCGGUUGGUCGGGAAAAGAAAAAGGCAAAGAGAAAGUUAUUACUGGAAAAAGGGAGCACACCAUCAGCCGGAAAGUUAUUGGCGGUGGAGGAAACCAUAUAACCGCGCACCUUUGCGUUUGUGCAGAUGGGCGGUUUCUCCCUACAAUGAUUAUUUUCAAGGGUUCAUUGCCACACACGCGUUUUACCGACGGCGUGCCAGACACAUGGCUCUAUGGGAGCAGCUCGACGGGGUAUAUCGACCAUGAGUUGUUUCAAACAUGGUUCAUGAAAGGACUUCUGCCCCACUGUGGACGAGCAAGGCCGGUUGUCUUGAUCAUGGACAAUCAUGACGCACACAUUUCCCUACCAGUUAUUCAGGCGGCCAGGGCGAACGAUGUUGUGCUGAUCGGGUUUCCAGGCCAUACCACGCACAUCUUGCAGCCGUUGGAUGUGAAGAUGACAACUCGGCCCAGACAUGUUAAGAAUGUGGACGUUUCACGGUAAACCCUCUGGUCAAGGCCGGUCUAGUGCCUGAGUCACUUGCUGACAUUUUAGUACCACCAGCGUCAAAACCUGCAGCUCAACGAAAUAAAAGAAGAAUAGUUACCGAGGGACGAGUAAUAAGUGGUGACGAAAUACUGAAGGAGUUAAUGGAACGAGAGAAAGCUUCCGCCGAGAAAGACCGUCGAGAUGCGCAGCGAGCUUUGGAAGCCGACGAAAGGAAAAUGAUGAAAGAGCAGGAAGAAAUUGAAAAGAUUAAGAGAAAAGAGGAACGUGUUGAAAAGCGAUUGGCCAGGGAACAGGAACAGAAGAAAAAAGCGGACGAGAAAAUGGAUAGAGGGAAACUUGCUAACAAGAAGUUUACGUAUGGAGUCUGUUGUAUGAGAGGGAGGGUGUUGGAUGAGAGCAAGGGCAUUGUGUGGUUCGGGUGUGAUGAGAAAGUGUGUGGCAAAUGGUACCAUUUUGAAUGUUUGCAUCGUAGCGAGCAAGAAUACUUGCGAGAGAGUAUGGAAGAGGGAGAAAGCUGGUAUUGUAAGGCAUGUAAGCCAUGGCUGUAUUGUGAAGCGUGAAUGGCUGUGUCCCUUGUGUUUCUCGUGCACGAGAUUCAUGUAAGCUGCUUUUGACGUUUGUGAUGUAUUGAUUAUUAUAAAACCUUAUGUAUUGAAUGAAACACGUUUUUGGUAUUAAAUAAUCAUCAUAUUAUAAAUAAUACCAAUGCAAUGAAUUUAUAGCCUUGUUUCUCUACCAAUAUGAAAUUAGCUCACGUUUAUUUAUUAAUGCGAUGACCGUACAACAUUUUUAAAGAGACAUCAAAAACGGAUAUUCUUGUAUGCACUGAUAUUGGAUUCCAAUUGUAACUCUAUUAAUACACACUGAAGAAUACAUUUUGCACCAUUAAAUUAAUACAUUCACGUGCUUCUAUCGUUUAAGUUCAGAAAAAUACCAUUUUAAACAUAAUUUGUUGCGAUUUACUCAAAUCAUAUAAAUGUCCGGAAAAUACUCCUGUAUAGUGUAAAAUUACCUCCCUUUGAUGACCCCAUAUGCGGGCCUCGUACAUACGCAUGCGCACAUCAAAAUCCGACUUUGCUUACAUGCACUUGUACAUGACGAACCCAAGAUAUAUCGGUAAACUUUUCAUGCCGUGUUUUGCAUUAUUAAGGAAGUAAUCCACGAAAAACCGUGAAUUUCGUCCGACAAAUACUCGCUGACCAGUAAAAUGACUUUUUCAUGUCAUGCCACUUAACAAUUGCAAUCGGCGUUUCAAUGUAUUUACUUUUACGUUGUGACAUUAAACUAUUACUGUGACCUUGUCAAACUAAUAUCGUACAUUCAUCAGUACAUACAAUAUUUACUGAACUCGAAAGAAACGGUUUGUCCACCUGUAUUUAUUUAUACCGCAGUGAUUUUUAAUGAACAUUUAUCAGUAUAUAUAAUAUGCACUGAACUCGUUAGAAACGGUUCGUCCACCAAUGUAAUUAUACUGCAGUGACACUACAAUAUCCAUUACAACCCCAUUGCUAUGGUGACCGCCAAGCAACCGGUAGGUAACGUAUUCGAUCCCCAGUGAGAGAGCUCUCUUUAGAUCUACCCCUUAGAUACCAGGUACUGGUUCUAGGCCUAGGAAACAAUCUCGAGAGCGUUUCAAUAAUCACGAGAUGUUCAAUGGAAUCGAGCUAAAAUACAUAGGAUGAAACUAAAUAACACUACAUUAAUAUGUACUUGAGUAAAAUUAUGUUAGCAUGUAUAUAUAUUUUACAGUUUUUUGUUAGAAAUAAUAGUUUGUGAUUCUUAAUGCUAAUGGAAACAUUGCUUCACGCAAAUUGUGUUAACCCUGUUGUUUGCUUACUGCAUGUGCGA